GUAAAUGGUAACCUCUUAAGGGUUAUCGGUUGAACCGCUUUUCCAUCUCUCUCUGUCUCCUCUUGUGUGAGAUGGCUAGCAGAACAGCGAUCUUCUGCGAGAUCCUAAUUGCGAUCUUGCUUCCUCCAUUGGGGGUUUUCCUCCGACAUGGUUGUUGCAGCGUUGAAUUCUGCAUUUGCUUACUCUUGACGCUGUUGGGUUACGUGCCAGGAAUAAUUUACGCGAUCUAUGCAAUCGUAGUUGUUGAUAAGGAUAGGUACCGUACCGAUUACUAUGAGCCGAUCAGAUGAUCAAGCCUCUUCUUUAUCUCACAACCCUUCUGAACCUUUAUAUUUUGUAUCCAAUGUAAAGAAAUUCUCGUUUCAGACUCUCUAUUUAUUCAUAUGACAUUGAAAUCGCUUUAUAUUCGCCUUACUUGUUUAAGGCUUUAAACAGAAAAUUGGGUCUGUUUCCCUUUGGCCUCGUCUUCUUCCUAAUUGAAUUUACUAUUAUGUUUAUAUUGUUGAAUCUUAAGAUAUAAUUCCAUGUUUGCUUCAGUAAUUGAAGCGAAGUUUUCA